AUGUCUUAUGGAACUCCAGUACUAUGUGACUUCGGCGAGGCUAGAAUUGGGACAGAAAACCACGCCGAGGACAUCGUGCCAGAUGUGUACAGGGCUCCUGAAUUGAUUCUGCAAAUACAUUGGAAUUACAAGGCCGACAUUUGGAACGUGGGCGUGUUGACUUGGGACCUAUUCGAAGGUCAGCAGCUUUUUCAAGCCCGAGAUGCCCAGGGUCGCCUGGACGAUGCACAGCAUCUCGCAGAAAUGCAAGCUAUCCUGGGACCUCCUCCUUUGGACUUUGUUCAACGUGGUGACUGGAACUCAGAUAUUUCUGUUCCAACAUACAACCUUGAAACCCUAGAAGAGAAGCUUGAAGGGAAUGACAAGGGCAGACUUUUGCAGUUCAUGCGAAGGAUGUUGUGCUGGAGUCCAGAUGACCGGGCCACGGCGAAGGAGCUGUUAUUUGACCCAUGGCUGAUGGAGGGGCUUUUUAAGUGA